AUGGGACAUAGGCGAUGGUUGGGUAGUGACCACGAAUUUCGGAAAGAAGAUACUUUAUUUGAUGGAUUCACUGAUAUGCGAGUGGCUCCUGUGCCACCAGUUGCGUCAGACAUAAUUGUGGACACUGAAACUUUACUUACACGUUGUCUGGGAAAGAAAUGUCGAGAAAAAUACAACAAAAGAAAGAGAGGUGAGGCAAACCAGUGUGUUUGGAAGAAGAGAAGUAUUUUUUUCACAUUGCCUUAUUGGAAGGAUCACAAGUUGCGACACAAUCUUGAUGUGAUGCAUAUAGAGAAGAAUGUGAUGGACAAUAUACUUGGCACUUUGCUGAACGUGAAGGACUGGACAAAGGACAAUUACAAGGCACGCCUUGACUUGGCGGAAAUGGGAAUAAGGAGAGAACUCCACCUACAGCGAAAAGGUGAUGAUAAGUAUAUGAUACCGCCUGCGUGUUUUCAUAUGACUGCAUUGGAGAAAGAUGGUUUCUUGCAAGUUUUGCGAGACGUAAAAGUGCCCAAUGGAUAUGCUUCCAACAUCUCCCGCCGUGUCAACCUCAAAGAACGUAAGAUUUCUGGUUUAAAGAGUCACGAUAAUCACAUCUUGAUGCAACAACUCCUUCCAAUUGCUUUACGAGGAUCUUUGCCAUCGCAUGUUAUUAGGCCUUUGAUAAAGUUAGCUUGUUUCUUUAGGAAAAUUUGUUCGAAAACCCUUACGGUGUUUGAUAUUGCGAGUGCUGAGGCUGACAUUGCAGUGACGUUGUGUGAAUUGGAAAAGAUAUUUCCUCCAUCUUUCUUCACUGUGAUGGUACAUUUGGUCAUGCACUUGGCUACUGAAGCCAAGAUUGGUGGUCCAGUUCAGUACCGUUGGAUGUACCCCAUUGAGAGGUACCUCUCACGCCUUAAGUCCUAUGUAAGAAACAGGGCUGCUCCAGAAGGGUGUAUUGCCGAAGGCUACAUAGUGGAGGAAUGUUUAACGUUUUGUUCACGGUAUAUGGAAGGAGUCGAAACUAUAUUCUCACGACCCACAAGGACGAUGGAGGAGUCAACAGGGGUGGUUUCAAGUGUGGCACUAGAAAGUAGGGAAUUGACCCAAGCUCAUCGCUAUGUGCUAUUCAAUUCCGAGAACAUUUACCAGUUUCGUAAGAUGCACAAAAGUUUGACGAAGGAUGAACUUCAAAAGGGCCACUGUCGUAUAUCCAAUGCUACUAUUCAUAAGCACCACAUGGAGAACUUUUGUGGCUGGUUUAGAUCUCACGUGAUGUCAAUGACUGCUGCUGAUAGGGAAAGAACUGGACUUAGUGAUACACUUGUCACGCUUUCGAAAGGGCCAUAUACUUCAGUAAAUCGGCCGAAACAUUAUGUUAUAAAUGGGUUAAAAUUUAGGAGUUCGAAUGUCGAGGGAAAUAGAAAAACGCAAAAUAGUGGAGUUAGUGUUGCCACUGAAGGUGGCAAUAUGUACUAUGGUGUGUUGACAGAUAUCAUUGAGUUGAAUUAUUCUGGCAAUAUCAAACAUGUGUUAUUCAAGUGUAAAUGGGUUGAUGAUCAAAAUAGGAGGGGAUAUAAGACUGAUGAGUUUGGGUUUCCUGUGGUGAAUUUUAAUCAUUCCGUAUAUGGUGGGGAGGAAAUGGUGGAUGAACCAUAUGUGUUGGCGUCUCAAGCUACACAAGUUUUUUAUGUUGAAGAUAAAAGGCAGAAAGAUUGGUAUGUUGUCAUUAAAACGAAAGCCAGAGAUGUAUUUGAUGCAGGUAUUGGGCCCCAUUGUAAUGAGGAUGACACGGAUGAGUUUCUUGAGAACAUCCCGUACUCUGUCACUAGUCCUGAUGUUGGUAGGGAUGACCUUCGUUGGGGUCGAGAUGAUGUGGAGGGAAUGACAAUUGAUGCCUCUAUCAUUGGGCCAAGAGAUCUUCCUGAAAUGGACGACUUGGAUGAGUGUGAGUUCAUUGAUGAUGACUCCAACGAUGAAGAUGACAACGAAGUCGAUUACAGUGAUGAUGAGUAG